GCGCCAGAGGGAGGUAGUGCUAUGACUCACACGUGCGUGAGGGGAUAGGCGAUUCACGCACUAAUAAAUAUAUUCAAAAUGAAACAUUCUUGAGGGAAAAAAAGGUCACUGGCACGCUACUGGAUGUAAUUUGUCUCGAUGUCGUUCCGGUGUUGUUGGCAUUGAACUGUCUUGCGUCUCAGAACGUUGGGUGGAUAGAGAGCUGUAAUUCGGUUGUUUGGUGGUAGUUUCUCUCGACAAGACAACCUGUGCACCCGCAGACGGUAAGAAACCGGUUGGAUAUUUCCGUUGAGAAUCUGAUAAGAGUCCCGGAGCGCACAGGAAUAACGGAGGACUAAUGGCCACGUCUGAACCGACAGCCACUGGCGGGGACCAGGACCCCAACUCUGCCAAUUUACGACCUUCGUCUACAAACUAUGACGCGUGGAUGCAAGGCUGCACGCGGAAACUGGGUUUGAAGAUCUGUGGGUUCCUGCAGAAGAACAACAGUCUCGGGGAGGAAGGCUCACUCUCAGAACGCCAGAAGAACCUGUAUUCCUGUGACAACAGCGACCGGGAUGCCCGUUUCCGUCGCACUGAGACAGAUUUUUCCAACAUGUUCGCGAGAGACUUACUUCCCGCCAAAAACGGAGAAGAGGCGACUAUGCAGUUCUUGUUGGAACUUGUGGGCAUCCUCACCAACUACGUCAGGAAGACGUUUGACCGUUCCACCAAGGUUCUGGACUUCCACCACCCUCACCAGCUGCUCGAGGGCAUGGAGGGAUUCAACCUCGAGCUCUCUGACCAGCCAGAGUCCCUCGAGCAGAUCCUCGUGGACUGCAGGGACACGCUCAAGUACGGCGUGCGAACAGGUCAUCCACGGUUCUUCAACCAGCUGUCUACGGGGCUGGACAUCAUUGGGCUGGCUGGGGAGUGGCUCACCUCCACAGCCAACACCAACAUGUUCACCUAUGAGAUCGCUCCAGUGUUUGUCCUGAUGGAGCAGCUGACGUUGAAGAAGAUGAGAGAGAUGAUUGGCUGGCCCUCGGGAGAGGGGGACGGCAUAUUCUCACCAGGGGGCGCCAUCUCUAACAUGUACAGUGUGAUGAUUGCUCGCUACAAGUACUUCCCAGAGGUCAAGACCAAGGGCAUGUCUGCCGCUCCCCGCCUGGUGCUCUUCACAUCAGAGCAUAGCCACUACUCUAUCAAGAAGGCCGGGGCAGCUCUGGGCUUUGGUUCUGAGAACGUGGUCCUGUUGAGCACAGAUGAGAGGGGGAGAGUUAUUCCUGCUGAUCUAGAAGCUAAGAUCCUUGAUGUCAAGCAGAAGGGUUACCAUCCUCUGUUUGUGAAUGCUACAGCUGGUUCUACAGUCUACGGAGCAUUUGACCCCAUCAAUGAGAUCGCUGACAUCUGUGAAAAAUACGACAUGUGGCUGCACGUAGACGUGAGGACUGUGUGUGUGCGCGUGUGUGCGUGUGUGCAUGCGUCUGUGUGUUUCGGGACAAUAAUGUUUUGUCCAAUUGAUCUAAUGGUUUGUGUGUUCUUUCUCCAGGGUGCAUGGGGAGGUGGUCUUCUGAUGUCCAGGAAGCAUCGCCAUAAGUUCAGCGGAGUAGAGAGGGCUAACUCUGUCACAUGGAAUCCUCACAAGAUGAUGGGAGUGCCUCUACAGUGCUCCGCCAUCCUAGUCAGAGAAAAGGGUAUUCUGGCAGGCUGUAACUCGAUGUGUGCUGGGUACCUGUUCCAGCCCGAUAAACAGUAUGAUGUCAGCUAUGACACAGGAGACAAGGCCAUCCAGUGUGGCCGACACGUUGACAUCUUCAAGUUCUGGCUCAUGUGGAAGGCCAAGGGCACUAUAGGGUUUGAGCAGCACAUUGACAAGUGUCUGGACCUGUCUCAGUACCUCUACGACAAGAUCAGAAACAGACAGGGAUACGAGAUGGUGUUCCAGGGAGUGCCCCAGCACACCAAUGUGUGUUUCUGGUACAUCCCACCCAGUCUGAGAGGCUUGGAACACAACAGUGAGGAGUAUCGAGAAAAACUUCACAAGGUGGCGCCCAAGAUCAAGGCAAUGAUGAUGGAGUCAGGGACGACCAUGGUGGGCUACCAGCCUCAGGGCCAGAAGGUCAAUUUCUUCCGCAUGGUCGUCUCCAACCCCGCAGCCCUCCAGUCAGACAUCGACUUCCUCAUUGACGAAAUCGAGAGGCUGGGGCAUGACCUGUAAACAGUGCCACCCCAGUGGGCAGAGGCCAAAAUUGUAGCUUUCAUUGUUUUACCUGUGACCAUAAGAAUCGGCUCUGAGAUAAAAAAAAAUAAUAAUAAUAAUUUUUAGAUGCUCUUGAUUUGUCCUAAACAAUUCUCUCCAUAGGUAGAAUGUGUAAACCAGAGCCUUCAAUGUGGUGGGUACACACUGCGAUACUACAUUUUUACUAACGUGUGUAGAGUCCUGUGUUGUGUGUUUGUGUUCUAGUCCCUCAGUCAUCCAGUAGUCAUCUGUCUAUCUGUGUUGUACAGAAGAUUCAUAAGAGGAACCAUGGUAAUGUAACACAGGGAAACCAUCUACAUCAGUGUGUGUGUGUGUGUGUGUGUGUGUGUGUGUGUGUGUGUGUGUGUGUGUGUGUGUGUGUGUGUGUGUGUGUGUGUGUGUGUGUGUGUGUGUGUGUGUGUGUGUGUGUGUGUGUGUGUGUGUGCGUGCGUGUGUGUGUGUGUGUGUGUGUGUAAAUACAAAGAAAUGCUUGAGAGCACAAAUAGUAUAGUGUACACAUGUUGCCCCCAGAACAGCCUCAAUUCGUCGGGGAAUGGACUCCACAAGGUGUCAAAUGUUCCACGGGGAUGCUGACCCAUGUUGACUUCAAUGCUUCCCACAGUUGUCAAGUGUGCUGGAUGUCCUUUGGGUUGUGGACUAUCCUUGAUACACACAGGAAACUGUUGAGUGUGAAAAACCCAGCAGCUUUGCAGUUCUUGACACAAACAGGUGUGCCUAGCACCUACUACCAUACCCUGUUCAAAGGCACCUACAUCUUUAGUCUUGCCCAUUCACCCUCUGAAUGGCACACAUACGCAAUCCAUGUCUCAAUUGUCUCAAAGCUUAAAAAUCCUUAUUUAACCUGUCUCCUCCUCUUCAUCUACACUGAUAGAAGUGGAUUUAACAAGUGACAUCAAUAAGGGAUCAUAGCUUCACCUGAAUUCAGCUGGUCAGUCUAUGUAAUGGAAAGAGCAGGUGUUCUUAAUGUUUUGUACACUCAGUGUAUUGUGAUAUUGUUAUAUAUGAGAUACUUAAUUUGAGCUCAGUGUAUAUAUAGGAUCAUUCUAGAGCCAGAUGUACCAACUCAAAGUGUUAAACCUUGAACUCCAGUGUGUGUUUUGUGGAGGUGUGUGUGUGUGUGUGUGUAACAGUGUGUGUACCCUGUGCUGUAACCUAAUGCUGUAUUGACCUUUGAACUAUGACCUUAGUGUUAACUGUCAGAUUACGUUGCCCCUGUAUACUGAUCUAGGGUCAAUGUUAUGUUUUUCUCCCUUAUGGUUAAUAUUAGGGUUUGGGGGGAGGGUGAGCUGAUCCUAGAUCUUUGUCUAAAAGCGACUUCUACUUGCAGCGUGUAGAAAACGAUCUCCUUGCGUGUGUGAAACAAGUAUACAGUAUGGGUCAGUGCUAUCCGGGUUCAUUGGGACGUCCCUACCCUAACCCCGUACCCUAACCUUAACCAUAACCAUAACCCUUACCCAAUCCUAAACCAAUCCUAAACCUUUACCAUUUCAAAGUUCUACUUCAAUGGGGUAAGGACGUUCCAAGUAUCCCGGAUAGCAAGGACCAAACAGUAUGUGACCAUUUUUUAAAUGUUUAAAUAUUAACACGAUAAUGAUAUAUAUAAAUAUGCUUAAUUUAUAGCAUUACGAGUGUUUUAAAAGUCUGGUAUUUUGUUCCAUUUGUAUGAGUAUCUUUGAUUGAUAUUCUAUAGCCUCUAUGUAAUCUGUAGAUUCUAAUAAUAAUUCAUCAAUUAUAUUAUAGUGAAUUUGUGAGCCAAAGAAAGUGAAUAUUUUGCAGUGAUCAGAUUGUCUGUAUGAUACGUAAUUAUUAUGAGAUUAUAAAGAAAUAGAUCUUGUCUGACAGGAAUAUAAUUACAUGAAUGUAAUAUAUGAACUUAUACUGUCUGUAUUAUAUACCUUCAGCGUUUUGGGAACUCAUUGGUAAAUCAAAGAGUUUCAGUUCGUUUCACACUACUAUCCUUUUUUAUUGAUUUCAUUUGAAAUGGAUGUGUAUUGCAGUAAGUUAAGAAUUAUGUCAUUAUAAAUAUAUCGUUAUGGUAUCUUUUUAUGGGACCAGCUAAGUAAACUGCACAAUGACCUAAAUCAUGUGACCAAUUUGGAUGUGUAUGAAGCCGUAGUGGGAGGUUUGUCCUUAGGAAGGUACAGGAGGCACUUUAACUCACAAUCAUGCAAUGUUGCAGCUACAAUAAAGUCUGUCUGUUGUUUCAACUGUU